GGCGUAGAACUUGCUUCAUCUCACGAGCUAUAUGGCGUCUUCUUGCUAGUUUACUGUCCUGAACCCUUCAAAUCGUUACUUCCUCGCUUACCUCGGCAUCAGCACUCUCAACAAAAGCGUUCACCGAUGCCUUUGGUAACCCUCACUACAAAUGUCAAGUUCGACUCGGAAGAGGCUACAAAAGCUUUCAUAUCCGAGUUCUCAAAGUUCUGCGCGACUACAAUCGAUAAACCCGAGAAGGCAUUCACCGUCAAUUUUAUCUAUAAUCCCUACCUUACCAUUGCGGGAACGUUCGACCCCGCAAUCAUGCUUAACGUCCUGAGCCUCUACAAUACCAAUCCGACUAACGUCCGGAAAUGGAGCAAGGCAUUUGCCGACUACUUCGAGGAGAAACUCGGAGUAACGUCUGACAGAGGUUAUAUGGCAUUCCAGGAUCCAGGUCCAGCUUUUGUCGGAACCAGAGGAAGCACCAUCGAAGUGCUCCUCGCUCAAGCUGCGCUGUAAUGCAUUU